AUGAAUCAAGAAGAGCAUAUUAUGAAUAAAGGAGAAGGAUCAAUGCCUUGCUUCUCCGAGACGACCAAUACUUCCUCACAACCUAUCUAUACUAAUACCGUGACGGCCGGGACAAAGUCACCGGAGAACGACGACGUUUCACUCUCUCUUCUAUACAAUCUCUCUACCAUUCAAGAGACGGUCCAUCAGAUCCAAUCCCUGGUCAGCUUCUUCAUGAUCUCUAAUACUUCGGGGUCAACGUCGUCUUUGGCUGUGGCUAACAUCGAAAGUUUGGUUCAAGAGAUCAUCACGGAUGCAUCCUCAAUAUUGUUUACUUGCCGACAACUCCAAAUCUCAUCUAGCAACAACAAUGAUAUAAAAAAUGAUCAAAUUGCAGAUGCAAUGGUUAUGGAGUUUCCCCCACAAGAAAUCGACCCGGAUCGUGAUUUCAUGCGAGAGUCGUUAACCAACCUUCUUGCUGUCCAAGAAAGAGAGCCGAACUCGUUUCUCGACCAGACUACGCAUAAACUUGACUGGUACGGCACUCAAACCAUAGACCCUAAAACAGAACAUCGUCGUUCUAAAACAAGAUCCGGGAACUAUGAUAUAUUGGAGCUAGACGCAGCAAAUCUACUAGCAAAAUACACGCAUUACUGCCAGAUUUGCGGUAAAGGGUUUAAGAGAGACGCGAAUCUGAGGAUGCACAUGAGAGCGCACGGAGACGAGUACAAGACACGCGAGGCCUUGAUCAGCCCAACGAGACAUGACAAGAAAGUCGAAUACUCGUUGAAGAAACAUUACUACUCGUGCCCUCAACAAGGGUGUAGAUGGAACCAGAGACACGAGAAGUUUCAACCGCUGAAAUCCGUGAUCUGCGCCAAGAAUCAUUACAAGAGGAGUCACUGUCCUAAAAUGUAUAUGUGCAGGAGAUGUAGUGUGAAGCACUUCUCGGUUCUUUCGGAUCUUAGGACGCACGAAAAGCAUUGUGGGGAUAUCAAGUGGAUUUGCUCUUGUGGGACUAGAUUCUCUAGGAAAGACAAACUUAUGAGCCACGUUUCUUUGUUCUUGGGGCACUCACCGGCCCAUGUACCGUCGCAGCUGCACCCGCCGAUGAUCACUCCCUAA